AUGGAAGCAUUCAGAGCAACAAUUGAAUCAUGCUCUCCUUCUGAUAUGGGAUAUAUUUGUAAAAAAUUUACAUGGACCAAUAGCAGGUCAAGACAAGCUUUUAUCAAAGAAAGGAUUGAUAGAGCUCUGUGUAAUAUGGCAUGGUCUGAGCUAUUCCCAUUCUCCAAAGUCUACAACCUCCCAAUCUUAAGCUCAGACCACUGCCCCAUCCUUAUUACUAUGGAACAAUUUGAAGUUGAUUCAAUGAGAACAGCCAGACCAUUUAGAUAUGAGGCCAGCUGGGCCUUAAGGGAAGAUUGCUAUGAAGUAAUAGAGAAGGCAUGGAGCUCAUCUAGAAGGGUUGAUAACAAACUACACCAGGUCAUAGAAGGCUUGAACCAAUGCAGACUGGACUUGGUACAAUGGAACAAACAACAUGCUGAAAACCACAGGGAUGAGCUAAAAAGACUCUAG